AUGUGGCAAUGGACGGUAACGGAGAGAAAAUUGACGGAGAGGAUGAGAAUCCCGAAUUCUCCCUGUACGGCCAAUGGCGUCUGCCGUUAAAGCAUCAUCCAUCCAACCUAUUUCUCUUCUUCUUCUUCUCUUUCUCUCUCUGCCAAAUCCCAAUUCAGGUCCUUCAUUUUUGCUUAUUUCUUUUGUCAAAAUUAUAUUCAAGUCCUCAGUAUAUCCAACUCAUAUGGUUUGGUUUCGUUGAAGCAUCUUUUCAGACUCAGGCAGCAGCAUAUUGAAAGAAUUUCAUGGCAGGCAGUGGCCUGACAUCUUUGGGUCGUGUGAAGCUCACUGAUCUAGUACCCUGUGAAGGCCUUCCUUCUGAUUCUUAUAAACUAUCAGUCUCAACUUUGUCACAGUCGCUUGCUCAAUAUUCUGCUGCCAUCAUUCAGUUCCCAGCAAGUGAUGGGGCUCUUUUAAGAUCUGGGUUGGAGUCUGCUCGCCUGUACUUUCACCAAAGAGCAUCAUACCCAGCUGCAGAAAUGAUUCAUAAUAAUGAUUCUCGCGAGUGGUGCAAGACAUCUGGAUACUAUGCAGAUCCUCAGAUGUGGCAAGAAACAUAUGAUUACCGGCCGGGCCUUACUCCUAAUGAGCCAAACAAUACGAUGGAUCUCCCUCCAGCAGGUUUGCCCGACAUAUUUGCUCUACUUGGAAAGGCUGCUCGGGAUAUACUGGAUGCCAUCAGCUUCUAUUUGAACUUACGCAGUUCUCCAUUUACUGAGAUACUUGAUAAUGUUCCACUGAGAAAUCGGGAAAUUUCAUCUUCAGUAUUGUCUGUUUGCUGUUACGCAAGGCCAUCAUUUCAGGGAGCACAACACCAUAAUUUAGCCACUCAAGAGGAUGGCCAGUUGAUUAUGUUUACAGAUCAUGAGCACCAAGCAGAUAAAAGCCUCAUAUCUCUUGUUAAGUCAGAUAAGGCAGGUUUACAUAUAAGAGAUCUUCAUGGUCGGUGGUUUUUAGUGGAUAGUGAUCUUGGCCCUCAAGAAGCCAUUGUUUACCCUGGACUUGCACUUUAUCAGGCAACGGCAGGCUAUGUCAACCCUGCAUUUUACAGAACAGACAUCAAUACUAUGCAGGGUAACAUGCAUGGGCGAUGUUCUUUGGCUUUUAAACUGAUGCCAAAAUCCAUGUCCAGUCUUAAUUGUUCAGAGAUGAGAGCGGCUGGUCAUGGAGUUGAAGCUCAGUUCCUGCUUCCAGUACUGGUGGAUGACUUCAUGCAGAAAUCCCCCCCAACUGAUCAGCUCUUUAACAGGCAGAAUAUCCAGUGUUUCAAUUUUCCUACAGUCCAGGACGGAUCUAUGAAGCCCUUGGUGAGGAGGAGGAAGCAUGAUUCAAGAAGCAAACCUUUGCCACCUUCUAAGAGGUUACGACUUGAAGCUCAGAGAGUUCUGAAGGAGAGGGUUCAGGACAUUGCUGAUAAGAAGGGCAUCAAGCUGAGGUUUUGCAAUUUGAAGGAAUGUGAGAGUCACGUUCACACGCUAGAUAGCCCAUGUGCCAAUAUAAGAAUGGAGAUUGGAUGGCCAGCUGGGGUACCAUUUGUUCAUCCCCACGAUCUACCUAACAAGGCAAAGAUUGGUUUCCUUGAAGCAUAUGAACCUGGUUGGACAGCAACUCAUGAUAUGGAGUUAAGUCUAACUGAACCUGGACAGGCCAGUCAACAAUCAGCUAAUUGUAACUGAAUCAAUCUCCAUAGUUUCAGAUGUGUGGCCACCCCUGAUCAGCUUGUGACUAAAUGGUUUUGAGGUACUGGUCUCUAGUUUCCCAAUUCUGUUGGAUGCUUGAUUGCUUUGCUGUCCUGGGAUGUCUGGCUGCUUCCAUAUGCAAUUUUCACUAGAGAGACAAUGAAAACAUCAAAGUAAUCAUCCAUAAGCCUGUUAUAGUUGUCUGUAAAUAUGCAAUUUUGAGGAGAGCUUGGCAUUGUUAUGGAGGAACAAUAGGGUUCAUCCAGAUUUGAGGUCUCAGGAGCAUUCCAUUUUUAUGACUGCUUUUCCAUGACAGAAUGCAGGCCUGAUGCAACAUCUACUUCAAAUAUCCAAAUGUUUAUUAAAAGGAGAAUAUCAGUUAGAAGGUUUCUUUCUCUUUUACUCUCUGUUUUGGUUUUUGUUGGGAAAGAAACCUUCUUAUCAUUGUAGUAGCCUGUAGACUGUGGUAGCUGAUGAGAUAUUGACCUCCCUCUCUCUACAGCUUGUUGUACCUAUACCUUCCUUUAUCUAUAGGUGUAUCCAAUCCAGUAUUAUUUCCUUCAAUGCUUGGGCCACUAGUUAUUUUGGAACCCACUCAUGUCUUUCCAAUGAAUUGAGGAGAAAGAUCGUUGGAUUUUGGAGUGAUCUACGAACCAAAGAUUUUAACUUAUUGUAUACAAGGCUCUUAAAGUGAACAAUUAUAAUGACUUUGGGAUUCUCCCAUGAUUACAAAGUAGUGCUCCUUAUGGUAUGGCGUAUUUAGGUCUUAAAUUGUUGUUGCUA